AUGGAUACAACCUUACCCAAUGAAGCAGGUUAUGCAAAUGGAUUAUUUGCACCAGGAAGAUGCUCCAAGUGGUUGCCCUUGAACUGCAGUGCAGGGGAUUCAAGUACUGAGCCCUACAUGGUCACUCACCACCAGAUUCUUGCUCAUGCAGCUGCUGUCAAAGUCUAUAGGAACAAGUACCAGAAUUAUCAAAAGGGACAAAUUGGGAUAACAUUGAACUCUCCAUGGGUAAUGCCACUUUCCCAGUCAAAGGCAGAUAUAGAAGCAGCAUCUAGAGCCCUUGUUUUCCUAUAUGACUGGUUUAAGGAGCCACUGAAUUCUGGAUCAUACCCUGCUGAAAUGGUUGAUAAUGCUGGUAAAAGAUUGCCAAAGUUUUCAAGGGAGCAGUCCUUGAUGGUUAAAGGAUCUUUUGAUUUCAUAGGACUUAACUAUUACACCGCAAAUUAUGCAGCCAAUGUCCCUUGUACAAGUGAAAACCAAACUAUUUUCUCAGAUGCUUGUGCUAUUCUCACAAAAAGCAUUUGCUUACUUGAGAUCUUAAUUGUUGCAUCAGCAACGAGAGAUGGAGUUCAGAUUGGUCCAAAGCUAGAAAAGGUUUGCUGCAAUGGUGGUUUGAAAGGUUUGCUACAAUGGUGA